AUGCCACCAUGCUCUGCUCUACUCCAUUUUAAUAAGUCUUUUUCUCUUCACAAAUCUGCUUCUGACUCACAAACUUCUUAUCCAAAAACAUCCAGUUGGCGGGCGGAUAAGCACUGUUGCAAUUGGGAUGGGGUCAAGUGUGACAAAAACACAAGCCAUGUGGUUGGCCUGGACCUUAGUUCCAGCUGGCUUAUGGGCCACUAUCAUUCCAACAAUACCCUGUUUUUUCUUCCCAAUCUCAGGAAGUUGAACCUCGCUGACAAUUGGUUCAAUCGCUCCCUAAGUCCUUCUGAGUUUGGCAACUUUAAGAGUUUGACUCAUCUUAACCUUUCUCUUUCCGUAUUUGCUGGCCAAAUCCCGUUUGAAAUCUCUCAGUUGUCUUCACUGGUUUCACUUGAUCUUAAUGGGCUAUUAUUAAUCAAAGCUCCAGUAUGGAAAAGAGUCAUUGGUAACCUAACUCAGUUAAGGGAACUUAUUCUGGAUAGGACAAAUAUGUCCUCAAUUAGACCUAAUUCUUUGAUGAAUCUAUCCUCCUCUUUGACAACUCUCAGUCUCUGUGAGUGUGACUUGCAGGGAAAACUUAAAAAUAACAUCCUCUUCCUUCCCAAUAUACAAACCCUUGAUCUUGCAGCAAAUUCAGACCUUGAAGUUUCUCUUCCAAAGUCUAAUUGGAGCUGUAAUUCCCAAAAGUUUUUAGAUCUCUCUUCAACAAACUUUUUAGGAGAAUUACCUAGUUCUAUUGGCAAUCUGAAGUCCUUGGAGCAUUUGGAUCUCUCUUCGAUAAACUUUUCAGGAGAAUUACCUAGUUCUAUCGGCAAUCUAAAGUCCUUAGAUCAUUUGGAUCUCUCUUCGACAAACUUUUCAGGAGAAUUACCCAGUUCUAUCGGCAAUCUGAAGUCCUUGGAGCAUUUGGAUCUCUCUUCGACAAAAUUUUCAGGAGAAUUACCUAGUUCUAUCGGCAAUCUAAAGUCCUUGGAGCUUUUGGAUCUCUCUUCGACAAACUUUUCAGGAGAAUUACCUAGUUUUAUCGGCAAUCUGAAGUCCUUGGAGCAUUUGGAUCUCUCUUAUUACAAUUUUUAA